CUGGGGGAGCCGCCCCGCCCCGCCCCGCCCCGGAUUGAGGGACCGACGGAAUUCAGGGGAAUGAAUGCUUCUCCCACCAGUUCAAGUGAACGAGAGAAUUUACCAUGCCAGGUAAAGGCAAAAAGUCAAAAGCUCGGGGCAAGUCCGUUAAUGGGAAGAAACAGAAAAAGCCUGAAGUGGACAUCCUCAGCCCAGCUGCCAUGCUGAACGUGUAUUACAUCGCCCACAAUGCUGCUGACUGCCUCGUGUUGCGUGGUUUCCGCUGGUCUGGUUUUACCAAAGGGACGAAAGGAAAGAAGAAAAGCUGAGAUACACCAUUGACAGAUCUCUAGAAUGAGUAAUAGCUAGUGUUGGUUGGAGGCUGUAUCGGGAGAGUGAAACCAUGAAAUACAUCUACUAAAAAUCCCAUAAAGUCCAAUGUAAGAGAUAUGCAAAGAGCACUAGUACUGUAGUUCGGGAGAAAGACAUAUUCAUUUAACAGCCAGCACCUAUGUAAAGUUAGUCUUGACCACAGAUUUUUUUUCUUCCAGGUAUGUGAGGUAAAGCUGUCUUUAAGCAAUUCUAAUACUGUGAGAGAGAAUUCAGAGUACUCUGACUGUAAGCCUCAUUCUGUGUCAGAAUUAAAUCUUGCUCUUUGAAAGCCA